GAACACGCCAACUCACUAGUACAUGCGCUAUAUAAAGACCGGACUAGUCGUGGAUUGGGGCUGAGAAGUGCGGCGCGGGUAUUUAUCGAAGAUCAUAAAGGCCAAAGCCCCACUUCACUCUUCUUGUAACAAAGAGUCAACCGUCAAGUCAACAAGUCAAGGAGCAAAAACCAUGCCGUCGUUAUUGGAUCUCCCCCUCGAGCUUCGGGAACUCAUCAUCGAGCUGGUUCUGAAGGACCAGCGCAUACCGCCCGCAGCACCAUCCCAAUCCAACCGAGGGAGUUUCCGUGACAUGGGGUACCGGGCAUGGCGCCAGAUCAUCUACUACGAGCGACGACAAAGCCACUGUCCCUACAACGCGAGUGGCCUCAUCCGGACCAACCACCAGCUCUCAGAGGAGACACUGGCAACCCUGCACCGCAUCUCAUCCUCUCCAUACGUUCUAGACUUAUCGGUCCUCAAUGAUGUCGGGCUGUACCCCACCUGGCUGUCUGUGCCACGACUCACGCACCGUGUCUCGACGCUACAUGUCAACGUCCGCCUCUUUGGCCAUAUUCUCUCGCGCGACUCCGCGCGCUCCCAAGUUGGGGACGGUGGUCAUCUAGGAUUCCAAUGGAGCUUCUACGCCUUGCUGGAGCGGUUCCUCCGGUAUGGGCCCGUGGAUGAAAAGACGAGCCGAGGAAAAGAUCCCACGUACGUCCACCGGGAUGUGACCGUGAAGACGCUAGUGCUCGACUUCCAGUCCGCAGAACCAGAGCUCUCCUUUCCCCCGGACGAAGUCGACUAUCGCUGGUGGUGGGGACGCCAUCAUAGGAUGGAUCCUCUUCCUGGAACCGAGACUGGAGUCACUUUUGAGUUGUCUGAUUAUAAGACCCGACCCGAAUGGUUCGCAAAAUACCUAUUAGGGUAUAUCUAUGGCCUUCUCGCGAUGGGUUACCACACGGCAGAAUAUGGCAAGAUCCUCUACGAGCGGAUUGGAACUAUCAAGGUUCUCGUGAAUGGGGAGCCGAACGCGGAGAUUGAUCUUGCCGGUCCAUUGGCACGCCGGCACUUCACUGAUACGCGAGAUGUAUUAGGUUAUGUCUAUACAGAGAGCGAACUGGCAGCAUAUCGGGAGUGGAAGAAGGAGACCUUAGCACGCAGGGAACAGCUGGGAUUCCGGGUGGUGUGGCUGCAUGAUCCCGAAUUCGCGUAAGCAUUCGUGAGAAAUAUCCCAAUGUAUCAAUGUACUUAAGCAAAUGGUGAAACAUGCAUAGCCAUUGUGUCAUUUAACGCAGCUUCAGCUAUUUAUAGGCAGUGGGAUUCACGCAUAGACUUAACUUCAAUUGAUCUAGAGGCUGCUCCCUCCCUGCCCAUACUUCCCAGUCCGCUCCCAUGCGCGUCUUGUAGGUGGGCCGUCG